AUGCCACCGUUUUCACCUGCCCCUCUAUUGCGUGCCAUCAUCAGCCAACGGGCCACAGAUCAGCUCACCCCGUCUUGCGGAUCGUCUCCAGAUUGCAUAGAGGUUUUCUGCGGAUGGCCAGUAUCAGGGCAAUAUGGGUUUGGCCAACGAAUCCUAUAUUACAUUCUUCUGGCAGUAUGUGUACUAGCCCGGGGAGAGAAAUGGAUCAGAGAUGUCUGCAUAGCAGCGGCGUUGAUCUUACCGGCCGUGGCUGCGGUUCACGGUAUCGUCCUUGCUGCCCUCCACGUGGAUGACGCUGCCGAUAUGGAUAUUUACGGAGCACUUCAAUUUUGCUCUAUAGGCAUCCUCGCAGUUCCAUUGACGGUCAAAAAGUCCGAGACGUACUUCCACGAAAAGGGACGCAAUACUGUCUUUGUUUGGACGAGUCUACUGCUGGCAGGCCUCGUGAGCUUGGCUGUCGAAUUCUACCGAUCCAAUUCCAUUCCCUGCUAUCAGGAUAAUAAUGGUAACCCAAUAUCGUCGGACCCAAGAAAGUUCCCGUACGGAGAUAGUCCAUUAUGCGGCAUUACCUGUUCCCAGACGGACGGUCCGUUCUCACGCCUGCGGCAAAAGGCUGCCAGUGAGAUAUUCGUGGUGCCGAGACCAAACGAGCUUCGGUUCGGAAAUGCGAUGUUCCUCGCGGUGGCAUGCUGCGUUCCAGCCAUCAUCUCGCUCAUCUCUAUGAGGAACAAGAUUGUCAUCACCGAUUGGAUCAAGAAGCAGAAUGGGCCACAGAAGGAAAAGGAAAACGAGUCCGAGGAGUCCAAGGACCUACACGGAACCGUAAGCGGGUUCCUGAGUCUGAUCGAGAUCUUUGUUUUUGGCGGCGCUGCGUUGGCCAUCCUCAUUCUCGGAGAGAUCAACCUCUGGAGUCCACAGAUGGAUUAUCACACUGAGCCAUUCGGAAGUGUUGGCCAGUGGGGUACCAUUGUUGCAACGGGGCUAGCAAUCGUAGGAUCAUUCCUCAUUUACCUACUCGACGGUAUCAACGAGGCCCCGAAAGACCCGCUUAGCCUCUGUGGCUGCGAGCAUUGCCAUUUGAUCUAUAAUCGGUCUCGAGAGGUGGACACAGAGUCUUUCCGAGAAAGCGAAGACGGGCAUGCAGACCACGUUGAGCAUGGCUUCCCCCAACUCACGAGCACAUCCACACGUGGGACUCAGGCGACGAAGCAAGGCCAGGGACAUAGAAGAAAGGUCUCGGCCGGCUUGGUCAAGGUCGGGAAAUGGUUUGGCAGCACCACAGAAGAUCCAUUCGGAGCCCCGGACUACAGAGAAGGGAAGUGGCCAGAAGUUCCCGGAGAGCGAUUCAGGAGUUCCACCCUGAGAGAUACGGCUGAACAGUAUAGUACAUACCGGGAACAUGAGCCACAGGAGCCAGUAUCCCCAGGACACCACUCAGGAAGCGAAGGCGGGCCCUCGACGUCCCGACCAGUAUCACCCAUAUCACAGGAAUCGCCAUUGUCACCUCCGCCACGGAGCAGAUCUAGGCCACGGAACAACUCGAAGCCUGUUUAUUCGCGAUCGCCGUCGCGGCAGCGACAGGGCCCACCUUCUUCUCCCACUGGGUCACCCGAGCCUCGGCAAACUCGACGCCGGCAGACUCUCGAGGUCCCAGGUCAACGUCGUUUCUGA